AUGAGCCACGCUCGCUCUCAGUCAUUCCUGGGGUCUCCGGUUUCAGAUAAUCGGCAACAAAUCGAAAAUGAACCAGGGAAUUUUGACAACCAAUUCUGGUCAGACAUAGGCAUAGAAGAGUUGCCCGAUAAUGUGACCCGCCCUCAUACACCAUCCAGUCAGGAGCCGGCCCUUGGCGUUUCGCUCUUCGGUGGUGGACCAUUGACCACUACAUCUGACACCACGCAAAUCGCAACGCAUCCUAGCGAGGGAAGACAGCAAGCUAUUGGCAGCUCGCAGCUCGAGGACAUUGUCGAGGAACUUUCACUUUCGCCAAACGUUGUCAGAAGUGAUGAUGCGACAAACAAGAUCAGAAGGGGAAGUAGCACAGGACUCACUCCUCAGCCUUCUCAACCCACUCCCACAAACCUUACGCUUGAUCCUACACUUGGAACACAGAUCAUAUCCUCAUCAGCAGGGUAUCUUGGUUCUGCUGAAGACAAUACUCAAACGCCAACAGACCCUUCCGGUUCGAGCUCGAGCUCGAGCAGCCCAUCACCGUCCCCGGAGCGACAGCAGAUUAAGUACUCACUCCGCGAAAGCGCACGCAACGGUAGCCAUGUAGUGAGGACUACGUGGUACGACCGUGAUGACAGUGGAACGUUUGAUCCCAACGCAGAACGGCGACGCAAACAACAGCCGAAGAAGAGGGCUACACUGCACCAAGUUUCAGGAAAUGAUCUCGAUGAUGAUGAUGAUGAUGACCAAGAUGAUGGUGUGCCUAGGCAACCGAAGGUUUCUUCAUUGCUCAACGCCCGACAAUCUGGGCAAUGUUGUAUUGUCACACUUAACCUGGGCUUCGAAAAGGGAAGAGAAUUACUUUCUCAACACUCGGACAACUGGCCUGAAGAGCAUUUGAACAUACUCAAUGACGAACACAUCUGGAAGGAUAUUGACCAACGCCAAGAAGAAGUUGGCAGCUUUGGUCCAGUCUUGCGACCCCGUAAGAGAUACGUUCGCUACGAUUGCCCAAGCGAAGAGGAGCCUCGAUUGCCCGCCAUUCCUGACCCUAAAGGCGAGCAUGAAGACUUACGUGGGCAUCCAUCUGCGCGUGGCUGUAUCAGGUGCCGGAUAAAUGGCGAGGAAUGCACCAUGCGGAAGACUGGUAACACUUGGCCGUGUGUCCAAUGUAUUGAUGCGUUUGGAGGAGAGAAAUAUGUCGAUUGCGAGCUUAUUAUCCCGCCUGCUAAGAAACAGGCUUGCGAAGGCUGCCAAGACCGUAUGGAGGAUUGUUCUUACACGCAGAACGAAGACGAUCACGACAUUCCCUGCGAGCAAUGUCUUGGUGAAGGCAUGAAAUGCAUUGCAGGGCCCGCUCGCGAAGCAUAUCCUUACCGCGCCACUUACACUCCACCUCCCGAAGCCGAAUACAUCCCGUUCCGUCCAUACGUCACCUGCACGGCAUGUCGGCAAGUCAAGAAGAGCUGCUCGCUAAAAUCCAAGACUGAUCAGCCACCAUGCAAGGCUUGCAAGAAAGCAAAGAUUCCUUGCACUUUUGAGAAGAUUAUCCCCACUAAUCCUGGAAAGAGACGCAUCGACGAAGUUGUGAGCGGCCAGGUUGAGGAUGAGGAAGACCAGCAGCAGCAGCCCUUCGAACAAGAUGAGCCGGAAGGAGUGAAGUCUCCACGGAAGCGCCGCAGUUUGGUCGAGGCACCCAGCACAAAUACGCCAUCAUCCACCGAUACUAAUACAAACAAGGACUCUAGUCUGACUAACACCAGUACUCCUGCAUUCAGCUCUGUCAACAAGCCCCCGCCUCCAAAGCCACGAUCCGAGGUUUUGACUGACGCUGAUGGGCACAGAGGCCCGCUCACGGUUAUCCUCACCAGCAUGGCACAUCCCAUUAGAUUCAUGCAGCCUCUGGGCAACUGUAACUGGUGCUCGAACAUAAUGUUCAGCCUGUUCGGGCUGGAAUGGAAGCAGCCCACAGUAAUCGCAUGGUACGACGGGCUGGGCUACACGGAGCUGCAUGACGGGCACCGCGAACUCGGACUCAAAGCCACCGUUAUGUGUACGGAGUGCACAAUGGAUAGAGUUGGAAUCCUGAGCUGUCCCGGACAUCGGAUGCGGGCACUGCGUCCACCUUACUUGACCCCGGAGCAAGUGGAAGAAGAGCUCUCAGCAGCGCUGUCGCGUCUCUUCGAGAGCGCGCUCCUGCCCACCGAUCGCUGGUGCAAUGUCUGCCAGUCGCCGGCAAUUGUCGAGUGCUGCACGGAGCAAGACGCAGACAAAUGGGGCGACCCGAUCCAGCCGGGCAGCCCAGAAGCGGUGGGUUGUGGGCUCUGUCUCUGCGAGACGUGUGAGGGGCGGUUGGGCGCUCUCGGCGGCGAUUUGCAGGCCGUGUUGCAGGAGAAGCUGGCGGAUGAUGCGGGGGUACGCGAGGCCAGAGCCGACGCCGGCUUCUUGCUGUAUGAUGGCUUGCUGAUGAAGAAUGUGCUGGCGCAGGCGAACAGCUAGGCGUUGGGCUCUGCUUCUCGUUCUGGAAGUAAGCGGUUAUCGGGUUGAGCGAACAUGGGACAUGGGAUUCUGGGAGACUGGCUGAGCGGGAGCGGGAGCUAUUCGGCG